AUGCUCUACCUAAUCGGUCUCGGUCUCUCAGAUGUCUCCGACAUUACUGUCCGUGGUCUUGAUACAGUCCGCAAGUGUAAGCGCGUGUACCUCGAGGCAUACACUAGUAUUCUUAUGGCUGCCGACCAAGAGUCACUCGAAAAGUACUAUGGACGUGAAGUCAUUUUGGCCGACAGAGAACUUGUGGAAGGCGGAUCAGAUGACAUUCUUGCUGGCGCACAGACAGACGACAUUGCAUUUUUGGUAGUUGGCGAUCCACUGGGUGCUACUACUCAUACUGAUCUUAUUCUUCGUGCACGCGAACUCAAUAUUCCUUACAAUAUCAUCCACAAUGCCUCGGUGAUGAACGCCGUUGGUGCAUGCGGUCUACAACUUUACAACUUUGGCCAAACAGUGUCGCUGGUGUUUUUCACAGACUCAUGGAAACCUGAAUCCUUUUAUGAUAAAGUUCUGGAGAACCGUCAGUUAGGACUCCACACUUUGCUGCUGCUCGACAUCAAAGUCAAGGAACAAAGUAUUGAAAAUAUGGCCCGCGGAAGACUCAUUUAUGAACCCCCACGAUACAUGUCCAUUGCCACAGCAGCCCAGCAGAUGCUCGAAAUUGAAGAAUCUCGUAAAGAAGGCGCUUACGGCCCAGAAACCCCCUGUAUCGGUGUGUCACGACUUGGUGCACCAACCCAAGCUUUCCGCGCAGAUACCCUGGAACAACUGGCUGAGUAUGAUGCUGGAGAACCCCUCCAUUCGCUCAUCAUUUUGGGUAACCGUGUGCAUGACCUUGAAACAGACUUUAUUGCAGCCUUUGCACCCGACCAGGAGCGUCUACGUAAGGCCAUCAAGGACGAUGCCCAGAACUUUAAGAAGCCCGAGCCUCCCAUCGUCAACAUGUACGAUGAUUAA